CAAAAUUAAUCAACAGAAGUAAACCGAGAUGAUUACGAAAUCGAUGACUAACUACAUGUCUACAUCUAUAGUUCUACCAUAGUCAACCGGGACCAUUUUUUAAGUACAUACAAACAAGAAACAAUGGUCGGAACCAACAACACGAACACCUAUAAUAAUAAGAAGCAAAAUACCACUUUUCAAAAUUUUUUUUUUUUCUCCUUAACCCAAAACCCCCGAAAACUACGCGCUUAAUACAGUUACUCAAGAUCUCAGAUUUACGCAAAAAUGUCAAACAGUCAAACUUCAUACCACUUAUAUUAAUCUCCUAUUUUUAAUCAUAUAUAAUCGUACUAUUUUUACACUUCUAAUUAGUAUACUUUACUACCAAGUUGAUUUUUUCACUUCUUAUAUUAUAAACAAAAAAAAAAAUGAACCAAAUUUAUAAAAUUCUUCCUUCCAAAAAAAACCAUAUAUUAUAAUUCAAAUUGCGGCAAAUUUCUACCACAUGGUCACCUUUUUUCUUCACUAAUUUCAAACCCCUCUCCUUUUUUUCCAUCUAUAAAAAGCUUCACACCUUCUAUAUCUUCAUUAUGUGUUAAUCCUCUUUCUCUCUCUUCUCUCUAAAAAAAAAAAAAACAUCAUUUUUUUCGUCGAUCAAUCAGUUUAAAAGAAAUCAAGUAUGGACGGGAAUAAUACAACUAAGUCCGUUAAUAGUGAAGAUGAAUUGGACCUCCGAAGAGGUCCGUGGACCGUCGAGGAGGAUCUUGCCCUCAUCAAUUACAUUGCUACACACGGCGAAGGUCGCUGGAACUCCCUUGCUCGUUGUGCAGGCCUUAAGCGUACUGGAAAGAGUUGUCGAUUGAGAUGGCUAAACUAUUUACGCCCUGAUGUUCGACGAGGAAAUAUUACUCUUGAGGAACAACUCUUGAUCUUGGAACUCCAUUCUCGUUGGGGCAACCGGUGGUCGAAAAUAGCACAAUAUUUGCCGGGAAGAACAGACAAUGAGAUUAAGAAUUAUUGGAGAACUCGUGUACAAAAGCAUGCUAAGCAACUAAAAUGUGACGUGAACAGCAAGCAAUUUAAGGACACAAUGCGUUAUCUUUGGAUGCCUAGACUAGUUGAAAGAAUCCAAGCCGCAGCCGCCACCAACGGGCCCCACACUACCGCUACGGCUACUACUUCUGGAGGAUCGGGCACCACCACUGCCACUGGUGGACCAACCAUGGGGUACACCGAUAAUUUUAUGCAUGCACCGGUAAAUUCUAAUUUUACCCCUGAAAACUCGGGUAAUUCUUCAGAUUCCUAUGGUACACAAGUCUCGGAUUUUGGGGAUUAUUAUGGGAUCCCGGUUGCUAAUCAAAGUGUUAAUCAAGAUUAUUACCAAGGUGACCAAGUGAAUUAUGGAGGUGAUAACUCAUUAACAAGUCCUAAUUGUAAUUAUCUUACUAACCAAGGGAUGGAUUUCCAAGGUGUUGAUAAUUACAUGGAGCAAAAUAGCCAACAACAAUGGUCGUCUUUUGGUCUUGGGGAUACAACGGAUAAUUUGUGGAAUAUUGAGGACAUUUAUGUCUUACAACAACAAUUUAGCAACAUGUGAGUGGAAUGUGUAAUUUGCCUCUUAUUUUAGGAGCCAAAUACAUAGAGAGUCUCCCAAUUGGAGCUCAUGAUACUUAUUUGUGUCAUAACUAUACACAACAUGUAAUCUUAAUUAGGAUCAUACAUAUGGGAUUCAUGAAACAAAAAUCCAAAAAAUAAAAAAAAGAAAGAAAAGAAAAAAAAGAUGGGUAGGAAGUAGUUCUUUUGUAUUUGUGGUGAUUCUUGUAAUUUUUCAAAAAAUUUUAGUAUUUUCGGGUUGGGGGUAAAUUUGUAACUGGGAUAUAAAACUUUGAUCUUAAUUCUUUAAAUUGAAUCAUUUUUUACUCUCUUU